UCGUUUUUGCUCAUCUCUUCUUCUCCGACAAGCCUUAGCAGCCAACCCUUUUCUCUCAACCCUUACCCUUUCUCGGUUCUGGGCGCCGUCGCCUUCGCCGGCCUAGGCCUUUCCGGCGGCGGCUCACUAUUUCCUCCGCUUUCGUCUUUUCUUCUCAUUACCGUUCCUUCUGAUUCCAGUUUCCUCUCUUUCUGAAAAAGCCUAGCCACCGUUGUAUAUCCCGAGGUGCAAGGUCUCCUUCACUCUUAAAACUGUAUAAAUACCUCGAAAUCUACCCUGUUCGUAUCACCGACCUCUUUCUCUCCAAACAAAAGAAAAACAUAUUUGUCUUUGUCUCUCUCUAAUAAUCCAUUAAAUCAGCCAAUACAGUAGACCAAGCACUUCUUUCUCUCCGUUUUGGCCCAUCCAAAGCAGGGAACACCCUAAACUGGAGUGAGUCAAAGUCUCAGUUGGGUUUUUCUUCCAACAGACAAAAUCGAACCAUAAAAUGAACGAGAAGGAGAAGAAUUCCCUAUCAAGAAUAUCAUCUUCCCAAGUAUUUUUGACUCAUCUUUGCUGCGGACUGGCCUUGGCCGUUGGAUUUUGGGUGGCUCACAAUGUCUACUCCAUCAAUCUCAUCUCUGAUCCCACCAAUACCCUCCGUUUGAUCUGGGCUAUUGAAUGUCCAGUUGUGAUCCUUCUUUUCAGCUGCUUUAGAAAGAAACCAGAGAAAUGCUCGUAUUUGAAAGCUGUUGCUCGAGGCCUAGUGGGACUUCCUGCCGGGGCUCUAGUAAAUGUGCUUGGAGCAUUAGCUUUGGGUUCACCCGUUGGCUUGCAAUACUUUGAAAAGACCAUUAUCUGGUCUCUUCUGAUGUCUUUAUUCACUUUUGUGCCUGCAACUUCUGUUUAUGGUUCAUCUUGGACAGAUUGGCAUCGCAUAUUUGCAUGUACUAAGCCGAAGGGAUCUUUGGAUUUUAUGCUUUGUCUACCAGCGCAUGGAGCUGUGAUUGGAGCUUGGUUUGGUGCUUGGCCUAUGCCACUUGAUUGGGAAAGGCCUUGGCAGGAUUGGCCAAUCUGUGUGAGUUAUGGAGCCAUGGCUGGUUAUGGAGUUGGGAUGGUGGGAUCCUUUGGUCUUGCAGUCAUGCGAGGUGGACAAAAGCAAAUCAAAGCAGAGUAGAGGAUAUUUCUUUUCUUUCAGUUGCUAUUUGCUGAAGUAGCUUGUCAGAUUUUGUGAAUUCUUGUAGUUAUUCAUUCAUAUUUGAAGGUGAUUUCUCUCUCUAUCCUUUAUAUAAUGUGCUCUGUAGUACAGUGCUCCCCGUUUUUCUUUACAAA